AUUCGUCUUGAUAUGGACUUGUUAAGAAUGUUUUCAUAAUAUGUAUUUAAAUAUAUUAAUGCUUGAUUGUUUGUUUUGAAAACCAUGCAAAAUACAAGUAAAUAAGAACAAGUUAAAGAAAUGCAGGGAGUAUUAAUGUAUUAUACAUGUAAUUUAUUUUCUACAAUGAGGUUAAAGUUUGUUUUUUUCCUCAUGUGACCCUCCCAUAAAAUCCAAGAUUUGGGUCAUUCUUUUGUCUAUUACUCGUAAUUUUCUGUCUAUAAGGGGGCAAAAUAGCUUUUAUACUUCCCCUAAAUACUAUCUUAGUCAAGUUUUAAGUAACAAAAAGUUCUAGUUGCUUCUCUAAAGGGAUCCUUGGAUACCAGUAAUCAGCUGUUAUUGAUGAUAAUGCUCUUAUUGAUGCCGAACUGUACCUGCUACUAGUCAUACAGAGUAGGCAAGUCGACUACUAGAACAAGAAUACUGUCCUUCACAUCGGUUCUAGCUCUGGAAAGUUAGAGUUGGUCCAUGACAUUUUUACUAUGACCAGAAUUAAUGGUCCAAGGGAAUUCUCAAGGAGAUCUCCCCAUUCACUCAGCACUCAAUGCUGAUAAAAUGAACAUCGCCGGUUGAUGCCCUGACAAGCUAGUUACAGCAGAACUGGGAACUGGGAACAGGAAAGAAGGGAGGGAAAAUGGAAAAAAAAAAAAAAAAAAAAAAAAAAAAAAGAAGAAACCCAAUAAGAAAGAGGGGAGUUUAGUGGGUCACGUGACUUGCACCUGCAACUCAACGCCGGGAAUUGCAGUCAAAGGUUGGAAUCCUGGAAGUGGUGGGACUUCACAAAAGAAAUUUAAAAUAGGUGUGCUUUGACAAAAAAAAAUUAUAAGAUUGUUUUUAACAAAGUUUGUCUUUUAUAAGAUGGUUUUUAUUGAGAGUGACGGAUAGCUCAAGUGGUUAGAGUUUUUAUACUCCGUAGUUCGUAGUUCCGUACCAAAAACAAGAGAUAAGGGUUCUGGGGUGGAGCGAGGGUGUGUCUAGCAUUGACUUUUAAUACCUUUUCUAUCUAAAUUGUAGGGAGGUAAAUGCAUUAUCUCUUACGUGGUCCCAACGACUUUCUUAGUCAAGAUUUAAGGUUUUAAGACAUUGAUAUAUUUGAGCUCAAGUGUAAUCAGUAUAGUGUACAAUUGCACAUACAAUCCAAAAAAAGAAAAAACCUGUUAUCGAUCCAAAUUUCAUCCAUGUCAAAUUAUGUAGGCGGUGACGGUAAUACUCUUAUUGACACCGAGCUUUACCAACUGCUAGUCACCGGGAAUGUUAUUGGGUUCAACAGAGUCGUAUCGAGUAGUCAAGUUGAUGUUCUUGAGCUUCGGUGUGCAAGUGACAACAACACUGUCCUUCACAUUGCUUGUAGCUCCAGAGAAGUAGAAUUGGUGAAUGACAUUCUUAUACAAUGGCCAGAAUUAAUGGUGCAGGGGAAUUCUCAAGGUGAUCUCCCCAUUCACACGGCAAUCAAGACUGGUAGAAUAAACGUCGCUGUUGUUGAUGCCCUGGCGAGCUGGUUACAGCAACAGCAGGCAUCAGGCAUCAACGUUGUAGUUCAUCAGGUAUUAGAGUGGAGCAAUGUCGAAGGGAACACCGCCCUUCACACUGCCUUGGAAGUGUAUGAUGAUGAAGAGGUCAAGCAGGCAAGGGAGUUGGUUGACUUGUAUCCUCCUACGGCGUAUGCUAUGAAUAUUGAGGGAAUUUGUCCUUUGUAUUUGGCCAUCCAGAAAGAGCUUGCUGAUCUUGUACAACACAUGCUACAGAAGUUGCAGCCAUUCAAAGAAGAUGCGCUCAAUUGUUUGACAAAAGGCCAGUCGGUAUUACAUGCUGUUGUAUCUGCCCAAAAGACAGAAAUGUUGGAGCACCUACUUCUCUAUGAUGAUGGAAAGCUUAUCAAUUUGGUGAAUGAAGAAGGGUUGACAGCUCUAUCUUAUGCAACUUUUGAAGGUUAUCUGGAAAAGGUUCAGAUUUUUGACACGAAAGUCCCUAAUAGCGCCUUUAUAUGCAACAAAGACAAAUCCUUUCCAAUUCACCAGGCGGUGCGUGGAGGUCAUAUUAGUAUCAUAGGCUACUAAGUAGCUCAAGAUUUCUGCUUAAUGGAAGAGGCCAAAAUAUUCUACAUUUGGCAAUAUUGAUAGGUGACUCAAAAUUGGUCUCUUAUGUGCUUAGUUUAUCAGAUGUAGACCCUUUACUCAAUCAAAACAACGAUGAUGGUAACACUCCUCUGCAUUUGGCUACUCUUUCCAAGCAUGUUGAAGUGGUUGAACUUCUUAUCCAAAAUGAAGGGGUCAAUGUUGGAUUGUUGAACAAGGAAGGUUUGAUGGCACACGAUUUGGCAAAAGAAUUAACGUUUGUAGAUGAUACCAGCAAAAGAGUGGUUAUGAGGCUAAAUUUGAUGCUAGAAAAAGCUACAAAUGAUAUAAAGUUGUUUCCUAUUGAUGGUAAUUUGUAUCUACACUUGGCUAAACGAGAGAUAAAUCGAGUUUCUGAAUCAGUUAGACGGCUUCAGCUUAAGGACCUUCUAACCCCUGAUGAGGGGGAAAAUGUUCUUCAUAUUGCAGCUUGUAUGGAUAGUACGCAACUGAUUCAUGAUCUCCUUCAAGGACAUGGUUGUACUACUCUCAUGUACCAAGCCAACAAGAAAGGUGACCUUCCGAUUCAUUCAGCUGUUAAGGUUGGUAAUUUCCAGUCCCUCAAAGGUCUUUUUCAAUGGUCGCCAUCUAUCCCUUCAGAUCAUAUAUGUAUAAGGCCAAAUUUUGACGGAAACACAGCAUUGCAUGUUGCGGUGUUAUAUAACCGUAGAAAAGAUCAAAACGUCAUUAAACUCUUCCACCACAGGCAUUUGCUUAAUAGCAAAGAUCAAAACGUCCUCCAUGUGGCAGCAAAGAAUUACGACAACCAUUACAUCAUUGCAUAUUUGCAUAAACGAAAGUUUAAGGAGCUGAUCAAUACAACUGAUGAUAAUGGUAAUACUCCACUACAUUUGGCUGUUAAAGGUUUUCAUCUCCGCGCUGUGUAUCGUUUGCUGAAAUAUCAACACAUCAAAGGCAAUUUAAAAAACAAAGAGUUGCAGACACCUCUAGAUAUAUUUAUUAUGCAUAUGAAAUGUGCAGAUAAAAAAGGCCUUUCUUCUCUACAGAUCCAUCUUAUGGAAGUGAUGCUGAAUAAGGUUAAUGAGAGAACUUUGUUUUCAAAAUUUACAAGACGAGAUGACCUAGAGGUCGAAGAAAAAUUAAGGGAGGUGGAGGCGACAAAAAAAAUAUGCAAGUAAGAAUAGAGGCUCCUAUGGGGCUAUAAGCAAGGAGAGAGCCAACGUUUUCCUGGUGGUAGCGACGCUUAUCAUUA